AUGCCUGGCUCCGUUCACUCCCAAGAUCCUCAAGAUCAGUCUAUGGUCGACGUUGAGCAGCCCCAAGAAGAGCUUGUUCUGGAUGAGCGCCGCAUCCUGGUGCUUCCCGGUUCCUCAGAGACUGCUGCUUCAUUCCAGUUUGAGGGAGAGGGUCACACUAUGGGCAAUGCGCUCCGAUAUGCUAUCAUGAAGAACCCUGCUGUUGAGUUCUGUGGUUACACUAUCCCCCACCCCUCUGAUGCUAAGAUGCACCUCCGUAUUCAAACUACCGAUUCAACCACUGCCCUCGAAGCCCUCAACAAGGGAUUCGCUGACCUGAUGGACCUCUGUGAUGUCGUUACUGAGAAAUUCACCGUUGCCCGGGAUCAGUUCAACGAGGAUAACAGCAACAAGAUGCAGUCUUGA